UCUGAAGGCUGGGCACAGGGAAGGAGGAACGGAGGGGCCUGCACCGGCCGCGCGAGGAAAACGAAUUGCUUUUCACUUAUGGCUGCAUAGCACACAUUUGUCACAUCUUUUUGUUGGGAUUGUGGAAGGGACUGAAUUUCGUGUAAGGUCGCCCUUUUUUGGUCACUGUCGUGGGCGCUGAUCAUGGAGAUGCAAAGGUGGUCCACGAGGUGGAAAACGAAAAGGUGGCUCAUGGAUUCCACUUUAACCACAAUCAUCACUUUUAUGUUCCUUCUACAAGCUGCCAAUGUCAGAGCAGCUGAACCAGUGGACGUGCUCAAAGUAUUAGAAUUUCACAACGCCCCUGAAGGAGUGAGGAAAACGACAGGGUUCUGCAUAAACAGGAAAGCGUCGCGGCCGGACACAGCCUUCAGAGUGGGAAAGCAGGCGCAGAUUAGCGCCCCGACCAAGCAGCUCUUCCCAGGAGGAGUGUUCCCUGAGGACUUCUCCAUCCUUAUGACCAUCAAGCCCAAGGCAGGGAUCCAGUCCUUCCUGCUGUCCGUUUACAAUGAACAAGGCAUCCAGCAGCUGGGAGUGGAGGUGGGGCGAUCCCCCGUCUUCCUGUAUGAGGACCAGUUCGGCAAGCCCGCCCCCGAGGAUUACCCUCUGUUUCGGACCCUGAACCUCGCCGAUGGGAAGUGGCAUCGGGUGGCCAUCAGUGUCCACAAGAAGACAGUGACCAUGAUCGUGGACUGUAAAAAGAAAGUGUCCAAAUCCCUCAACCGAAGCGACCGCGCUGUCAUCAACACCAACGGGAUCACCGUGUUCGGGACCAGGAUUCUGGACGACGAGGUCUUCGAGGGUGACAUCCAGCAGCUGCUCAUCGUGGCCGACCCCCGGGCAGCCUACGACUACUGUGAGCACUACAGUCCCGACUGUGAGACCCCCCACCGAGAGACUCCCCAGGCUCAGGAACCAGAGGACGAGUACACUACUGAUGACUUAGAGUACAGUGAAUUCUAUGACUACAGUGAUGGAGAACUAACUCAAACUGAGAUUGCCCCAACUGAAGACGCCUAUUCUGAAACAGAGCUAAACAAUGUAGACGGAGAGUAUUAUACAGAGAGCGAAACUGACUACGCAACAUUAGAUGAAACUCAGACACAGACUCCUGUUGAAACGACUGGACCAAACCAGCCUGUCGAAGAGGAAAUUAUUGAUGACUAUGUCACUGGAGUGGAGGAAGUGGGCGAGAAGCCCUCUCCAACCGCGGAAACCGCGGAGGCCGAGGAGAAGGUGGACCCCGGGCCCGACUCAUAUGACUUCAAGGAGUAUGACCUCAAGGAGUAUGACCUCAAGGAGUAUGAUGGGGCCGAGUUUGAGAAAAAGCAGUACGAGUACGGUGUCUAUGACGAGUACGGCACGCUCGAUCCCAAGCCCACCAGCAGCACCUAUGAGUUCGGGCCAGGCGAGCCUGCUGAGACCGACAUCACGGAGAGCAGCGUUGGGGGCGAUGUGGGCUACUUCGGCGAGAAGGGCGAGAAGGGCGAGCCUGCCGUCAUCGAGCCUGGUAUGCUUAUUGAAGGUCCCGCUGGACCACCAGGCCCCGCCGGUCUUCCUGGCCCCUCUGGUCUACAAGGAUCCCCAGGUCCCCCUGGAGACCCCGGUGAGAGGGGUCCUGCUGGACGGGCAGGUCUUCCAGGAGCGGACGGAGUACCUGGACCUCCGGGCACCAUGCUGAUGCUGCCAUUCCGCAUGGGCGGAGAUGCGCAGAAGGGCCCAGUUGUGUCCGCUCAGGAGGCCCAGGCCCAGGCCAUUCUCUCUCAGGCACGGCUCGCUAUGAGAGGUCCUCCUGGGCCGAUGGGACUCACAGGAAGGGCCGGGCCCGUGGGCGGCCCCGGUUCGCCUGGACUCAAAGGGGACUCAGGAGACCCCGGACCCCAGGGCCCUAGAGGAAUUCAAGGCCCCUCUGGUCAAUCAGGAAAAGCUGGAAAGAGAGGCCGGUCAGGAGCUGAUGGAGCCAGAGGGAUGCCGGGAGAGUCUGGGGCCAAGGGUGACAGAGGUUUCGAUGGACUUCCUGGUCUCCCUGGCGAGAAAGGCCACAGGGGUGAACUUGGACCAAUAGGGCCUCCUGGACCUCCUGGAGAGGAUGGGCAAAGAGGAGAAGACGGAGAGAUCGGGCCAAGAGGUCUUCCAGGAGAGAGCGGUCCAAGGGGGUUGCUUGGUCCAAGAGGGUCUGCUGGUCCACCUGGACAGCCUGGUAUCGCUGGUGUAGACGGUCCUCCUGGUCCAAAAGGAAACAUGGGACCUCAAGGAGAGCCAGGACCAGCUGGUCAGCAGGGUAUCCCCGGAACUCAAGGUCUUCCUGGUCCUCAAGGCCCCAUCGGACCACCUGGAGAAAAAGGACCCCAGGGCAGAGCUGGUCUUGGUGGCUUGCCUGGCGCGGAUGGGCCCCCUGGUCACCCUGGAAAAGAGGGCCCGCCUGGGGAGAAGGGAGCCGUGGGGCAGUCCGGCCCUCAAGGCCCCAUCGGAUAUCCCGGCCCCCGUGGUGUGAAGGGCACUGAAGGUGUUCGCGGCCUCAAGGGUGGAAAGGGUGAAAAGGGAGAGGACGGGUUCCCUGGCUUCAAGGGCGAUAUGGGUCUCAAAGGUGAAAGGGGCGAGUCCGGACUGUUGGGCCCUCGGGGUGAAGACGGGCCGGAGGGGCCGAAGGGACGAGCGGGCCCCAACGGAGAGUCUGGCCCCUCGGGACUGGCUGGGGAGAAGGGAAAACUGGGUGUCCCAGGAUUACCCGGCUACCCAGGAAGACAGGGACCAAAGGGUUCAACCGGUUUCCCCGGAUUCCCAGGAGCCAAUGGAGAGAAAGGAGCCAGGGGUGUCGCAGGCAAAUCUGGGCCAAGGGGGCAAAGAGGUCCAACGGGUCCACGUGGCGGACGAGGUGCACGAGGUCCCACUGGAAAGCCAGGCCCCAAGGGAACUUCGGGUAACGAUGGACCCCCAGGCGGCCCUGGAGAGAGAGGACCUCAAGGACCACAGGGCCCUGUUGGGUUCCCAGGACCAAAGGGGCCCCCUGGACCACCUGGAAAGGACGGGCUGCCCGGUCACCCAGGACAGCGGGGAGAGACCGGUUUCCAAGGAAAAACUGGUCCACCAGGCCCUGGAGGAGUGGUAGGCCCUCAGGGUCCAACUGGAGAGACAGGUCCUAUUGGGGAGAGAGGUCAUCCUGGCUCCCCAGGUCCCCCUGGAGAGCAGGGUCUUCCUGGAGCUGCUGGGAAAGAGGGAGCAAAGGGUGACCCAGGUCCUCAGGGAGGCCCCGGAAAAGAUGGCCCCGCUGGUCUGAGAGGAUUCCCCGGAGAGAGGGGUCUUCCUGGAGCCAUGGGUCCAGCUGGCUUGAAGGGAGGAGAGGGUCCACAGGGUCCACCCGGCCCCAUUGGAUCUCCUGGAGAAAGAGGUGCUGCCGGACCAGCAGGACCCAUUGGUCUGUCUGGCCGCACAGGACCUCAAGGUCCCCCGGGCCCAGCUGGAGAGAAGGGCGGCCCUGGUGAAAGAGGCCCUCAGGGACCAGCAGGCCGUGAUGGCGUCCAAGGGCCGGUCGGUCUGCCUGGCCCGGCUGGACCUCAAGGACCACCUGGAGAGGAUGGUGACAAGGGAGAAGUUGGAGAGCCUGGUCAGAAAGGAAGCAAAGCUGACAAGGGUGAACAAGGUCCUCCAGGUCCAGCCGGUCUCCAGGGUCCCAUUGGUGCCCCCGGGCCUGCGGGAAGCGAUGGAGAGCCAGGACCCCGCGGUCAGCAGGGCAUGUUCGGCCAGAAGGGUGACGAAGGACCCCGAGGGUUCCCUGGUCCCCCAGGUCCAAUCGGACUGCAGGGUCUGCCUGGGCCACCAGGCGAGAAAGGCGAGAACGGAGAUGUUGGCCCGAUGGGUCCACCCGGUCCCCCUGGCCCAAGAGGUCCUCAGGGUCCCAGCGGUGCUGAUGGUGCGCCAGGUCCUCCUGGAGGCGUGGGUGCAAUGGGAGGAGUGGGAGAAAAGGGUGAAAACGGUGAAGCUGGAAACCCAGGACCACCUGGAGAGCCUGGCACUGGAGGACCCAAAGGGGAACGUGGAGAGAAGGGAGAGGCAGGUCCACCUGGGGCUGCUGGCCCCCCUGGAGCCAAGGGACCCCCUGGAGACGAUGGCCCCAAGGGCAACCCUGGACCUGUCGGAUUCCCUGGAGACCCUGGUCCUCCUGGUGAGCCCGGCGUUGCUGGAAUCGAUGGAUCUGCAGGAGAUAAGGGAGAAGAUGGUGAAUCCGGUCAGCCUGGUCCGCCUGGUCCGUCUGGUGAAGCCGGCCCUCCAGGACCUCCAGGAAAGAGAGGACCCCCAGGCGCUGCUGGUGCUGAAGGCAGGCAAGGAGAAAAAGGAGCCAAGGGUGAAGCUGGAGCUGAGGGUCCACCAGGCAAAACCGGGCCAGUUGGCCCCCAGGGCCCCUCAGGAAAGCCCGGUCCGGAGGGUCUUCGUGGAAUCCCUGGCCCCGUUGGUGAACAAGGACUGCCUGGUGCUUCUGGACAAGAUGGCCCCCCUGGACCCAUGGGCCCCCCUGGUCUUCCUGGCUUGAAGGGUGAUCCUGGCUCCAAGGGUGAAAAGGGUCACCCAGGUCUAAUCGGUCUAAUUGGGCCACCUGGUGAACAGGGAGAGAAGGGAGACCGAGGUUUGCCUGGUCAACAGGGUUCUGCAGGUGCCAAGGGUGAUGCUGGCAUUGGUGGAGCUUCUGGCCCUCUCGGUCCACCUGGUCCUCCAGGUCUGCCUGGUCCUCAAGGUCCCAAGGGCUCUAAGGGUUCAUCUGGUCCUGCUGGUCAGAAGGGAGACACAGGAAUGAUCGGGCCACCUGGUCCACCCGGUCCACCCGGUGACAUCAUCCAGCCCCUGCCCAUCCAGUCUCCUAAGAAGACCCGCCGCUCACCCGACGCCCAGGCCGACGAAGCCGGAACCAUGACGGACUAUGGCGAGGGCAUGGAGGACAUCUUCGGGUCACUUAACAACCUCAAGCAGGACAUUGAACGCCUGAAGUUCCCCGUGGGCUCGCAGAAUAACCCGGCCAGAACCUGCAAAGACCUCCAGCUCAGUCAGCCCGAUUUCCCCGAUGGUGAAUACUGGAUUGAUCCAAACCAGGGCUGUUCAGGAGACUCGUUCAAAGUGUUCUGCAAUUUCACAGCGGGUGGAGAGACCUGCAUCUACCCAGAUAAGAAGUCCACUGGAGUCAGAAUAUCUUCCUGGCCGAAGGAGGCCCCGGGAUCAUGGUUCAGCGAAUUCAAACGUGGUAAAAUACUCUCAUAUGUGGAUGUUGAGGAGAAUACCAUCAACAUGGUCCAGAUGACGUUCCUCAAACUGCUGAGCGCUUCAGCCAGACAGAACUUCACCUACAUCUGCCACCAGUCGGUGGCCUGGCACGAUGCCAGGACGGACAGCUACGACAAAGCGCUGCGGUUCCUGGGAUCCAACGAUGAGGAGAUGUCCUACGACAACAACCCCUACAUCAACGCCCUCUCAGACGGCUGCGCGUCAAGGCAGGGCUACGGAAAGACUGUAAUGGAGAUCAACACUCCGAAAAUCGACCAGGUGCCAAUCAUCGACGUGAUGUUGAAUGACUUUGGGGAUCCGAACCAGAGAUUUGGGUUCGAGGUCGGACCUGUCUGUUUCCUCGGGUAGAUGCAGUGGAGACAGCGGGAUCAUCGAGCAAGCCGAGAACGCGGUACCCACCCCUGACCCUCCUCUCGCCACAUGCAAGUUUCGAAUAAGAACAGAGUGGAGAGUAUGUCUUGCCGUGUAUGUACGUGCUAUCUAGAAAAUACUCGUUGCCCUUGUAGGGCCAGAAUCACAUGACUUAAACCUGUUAUGGAAGCCUGUAAAGGACAAUUUUAACGAUGGCGUGGCAGAGAGAGGGGCGCGGGCAACAACACAUGGCGGUCACCAGAUCAGUGGGAAUAACCACCCCAUUUUGGAGUCUCCAGGUGCUGCACGAGAAAGUUACA